UGCGAGCCGAGCAAAAUAAAUUCAUUAGAUAUUCUUGUUUUCUCUCACUCUCUCUCUCUCUCAUUCUCUUUCAUUCUUGUUAAUGACAUUCGUGGUUUCGUUGAACGAUCAGCUGAUUAUACACUUAGCGGUUUUGUGGUUAUCUCUACUGGCCCAAUUUUUCCUUAAUUAAAGAAAGCUCGUCAGUAUGUUGCACAUCCGGUGCACAUUACAGAUUGUAUAAAAGUUCAAUGAGUAAAUCGCAUAGCGAAUAAAAUCAUCAUGGAAGAUAGUAAUAAUGCACAACCGGAAUGUAUCGAUUGUUUUAAAAAUAACGAGUGGUGCGGAAAAUGUAUGAAGGAGCUAUCAAAGGAAGAAGUACUAUCAUUAGUAGUAAAAUGCGCCAAUUUUGCCGCGGAGAAACAUCGGAAUCAAAGAAGGAAGGAUGUCAAUCAAACUCCAUACAUAAACCAUCCUUUAGGUGUUGCAAACAUUUUAAUUCAAGAGGGCAACAUUUUUGAACCAGUAGUAAUUUUAGCAGCAAUCUUACACGAUACAGUAGAAGAUACAGAUACUACAUUUGCAGAAAUUGAGAAAGAAUUUGGACAUAGAGUUUGCCAGGUAGUUCGUGAAGUGACUGACGAUAAAACGUUACCAAAAGAUGAACGUAAACGGUUACAGAUAAAGCGCACUCCUAAUAUAUCUCGCGAAGCAAAACUAGUAAAGCUAGCUGAUAAAUUAUACAAUUUGAGAGAUAUUGAAAAGAGUGCGCCUGUUAAUUGGACAAGGGAAAAUGUAAAGGACUAUUUUAAGUGGUCGAAAGCUGUUAUAGAUGGAUGUCGUCAAACUAAUCCUCCUUUAGAAAAAGAAUUAGAUAUUUUGUUUGCAAAUCAUUGCGAUAUUUCUGAAGAAAAUUGCUAGUUCUGAGAAUGCAAAUGGUUAAAUUUUAAGUAUGAUGACUAUUUGCAAUGUUUAUUAUGGAACCAUUUCAUGUAAUCAGCCAAUGAUUCCGCCUCUUCUUCUGUAACUGCGUUAUAUAAAGAUGCGCGUAUUCCACCUACCGACCUGUAAAAGGAAAUCAGCUAUUUGAAUAUCAAUUGAAUAUUCUAUGAAACAAAAUUAUUCUGUUAUUAUUAUAAAAUUUUUGAAGAUUGUCAUAAUGAAUGUGUAAACAAAAUCAUAAUUUCACUGUAGUUAAAUUUAUUAUUUCAUUAAAUUUAUUAUUAUUUUUGA